GUUGACAGAGGUGCUAGAUAUGAUAAUUUAUAAUCUAAAAGAAGAUAGAGGAUGAGCGGAGAGGGGAAAGUGGUAUGCGUCACCGGUGCUUCCGGCUUCAUAGCUUCUUGGCUCGUCAAGCUUUUGCUCCACCGUGGUUACACUGUCCACGCCACCGUUCGAAACCUCAAAGAUCCAAGUAAGGUGACACAUCUUCUUGCAUUAGAUGGUGCCAAGGAAAGAUUGAAUUUGUUUGAAGCCGACUUACUUGAGGAAAACUCUUUUGAUGAUGCAAUUAAUAAUGGAUGUGAAGGUGUUUUUCACACAGCAUCACCUGUACAUUUAUCACCAUCAGCGACUAAGGUAGGACUAGUGGAUCCUGCAGUAAAGGGGACACUAAAUGUUCUUGGAUCAUGUGUGAGAACACCUUCUGUGAAAAGGGUAGUGGUAACGUCCUCAACAGCUUCUGUUAUGUACAAACAAAAUACUAAAAGUCCAACUGAUGUAGUUGAUGAGACUUGGUAUGCAGAUAAAGAAUUUGCAGAAGAAACAAAGCAAUGGUAUGUCUUGUCUAAAGUCCUAGCCGAUGAAGCUGGAUGGAAGUAUGCAGAGGAGAAUGGGAUUGACUUGGUUUCCUUACAUCCUGCUCUUGUUAUUGGCCCUCUUUUACAACCCACUCUUAAUUUUUCAAGCAGAGUCAUUCUAGAUCUCGUAAAAGAAGAAAAAGAUGGACUACUUAAUGGAAUCUUCGCAGACUACCCUCUUGUUGAUGUUAGAGAUGUCGCAAAUGCACAUAUUCAAGCAUUUGAGUUACCUUCUGCGAGUGGAAGAUACUGUUUGGUUGGAAUAAAUAUGCACGCUUCCCAAAUUUUGAAGAUUGCAAGCCGGCUUUUUCCUUCUCUUCACAUUCCAGACAAGUAUAAAGAUGACUUACCUGCCGUAGCAACCUAUCAAGUAUCCCAAGAAAAGGCAAAAAGCUUGGGGAUCAACUUCACUUCUUUUGAUGUGAGCCUUAAGGAUACUAUUGAAAGUUUAAAAGAAAAAAACUUCCUCAACUUCUAAUUCUUGAGCUCCUUCUCACUCGCGUGGUGCCAUUGAAGGGUGGAUGUUUUAAUUAUUUAGGGGAUGUUUGAUUGGAGACUUUUGUAUCCUAUUAUAAGAUUUGAUAUCCAUUACUAUAUUUGUUUGUUUACUUUUGCUAUG